AUUGAGCUUUGAAAUGGAAAACCCAUCUCGGACCGAGCCUUUUCCGGUGGGCCUUAGGGUUUUAGUGGUGGAUGAUGAUCCUACUUGGCUCAAAAUCCUCGAGAAGAUGCUUAGAAAGUGCUCCUAUGAUGUUACAACAUGUGGCUUAGCAACAGUUGCGCUGAGCUUGCUUCGUGAAAGAAGAGAGAAAUUUGACAUUGUAAUUAGCGAUGUCAACAUGCCCGACAUGGAUGGUUUCAAGCUUCUUGAACAAGUUGGACUUGAGAUGGAUCUUCCAGUCAUAAUGAUGUCAGUAGACGGGGAAACAAGUAGGGUAAUGAAAGGCGUGCAGCAUGGUGCGUGUGAUUACCUACUUAAGCCCAUAAGAAUGAAAGAGCUAAGAAACAUAUGGCAACAUGUUUAUAGAAAGAAAAUACAUGAGGUGAGAGAGAUUGAGGGCCAUGAUAUCAGUGAAGAUAUGCUACAAUUUAGAAAUUGUUCCGAGGACUUUGAUGAUAGACAAUCAUCGGGUGGAGCUGAUCUCAGCUCUGUAAGGAAGCGAAAAGAUUUAGACACUUCGGAUCAAGAAGUUAAUGAUUCUGCAGCAGUGAAGAAAGCUAGAGUUGUUUGGUCUGUGGACCUUCAUCAAAAAUUUGUUAAUGCUGUAAACCAGAUUGGAUUCGAUAAAGUUGGUCCUAAAAAGAUUCUGGACUUGAUGAAUGUUCGUGGCUUAACAAGAGAAAAUGUUGCCAGUCAUCUACAGAAAUAUCGUCUGUACUUAAGUAGAUUACAGAAGCAGCAUGAAGGGAAAAAUUGUGGGGCAAACAUGCAAUCGGACUUCAGCCCCAAGGCUCCUCAGGCAAACUUCGGCCUUCAGAACUCAACUCCAGUGAAUCAAGCUAAUACUGCUGGCGGCUAUGUCCCUGUUGGGAUACAUCCAACAGUCCCCAUUACCCAAAAAUUCCAAGCUCAGAAUAGAACUCCUGUUCAUGUCGAUAACGAAAAGAGCACAGUGGCCUUGCAUAUAAAAGAUCAAAAGGAAGCAGCACGGCCCGAUAUUUCAAAUAGCAGAAAGUUAAACAGUACUCCAUUAGGUGGUGUUCUCUCAUUCAAAAGCACGGCUACAAAUGUUGAAUACAAGCCGGUUGAACCUUCAACGUCAAAGCAUCAAAAUUUGACUGGAGGCAUUCCUAUAUCUCAAUUCAUGCAAUAUCCAAAACAUGACCAUGAGCCAUACAGUUUGUUGGAGGACUACUCACAUCUUCCACUAAGUAGUCAAUUACAUCAGACUCAAAGAGAGCCCACCUUCACCGAUUACAAAAGCCACAACAAUAAAACCAUUAUGCCAGUAACAUGCACGAUCGACUCUGUUUCAGUUCAAGUCGAGCGUGGAAUUGUAAAUCCUCAAGAAGUUAAUAGAUCGGGAAGUUGGCUACCUCCAAUAAGAGAACCGAGUAUGAAGACUGACACAGAUUUGAUUUCUUUGCCUCAGGAUAUGCCCCUUUGCUCUCUUCAGAACAUCAGCUGCUUUGAAAAUGUUGGGCUCAACAGCAUGGAUAUUUUUCAGUAUGAUGAUUCUAUGUCGCUGACUGAAUUUCAGAGUAAUUGGUAUGAAGGAUUAGAGUUUAACACUGAUUAUUUGUAUGAGCCAUUGGAGUACCCAAUCAUAGACGAUUGCCUUUUUGCAUAAAAAAAAUCCUCAUCCCAAUAUGGACUGGGAUUUUUGUCCCGCUACCUGUUUUCAGGUAUGAAUAUAAACUAUAGUUAGAUGUCAUAUUGUAUACCUGGAAUUUAUGUGGAGAUAAUAAGUAUGCAAUGUGGUCGUUAAGCAUUUAGAACUGGCCUCCCUCAAAUGUAAAUAAUGGAGUUUCUGGUUUUCGUCUUUGUGUCAAUUGUUUUCAUAUCCUCUAAUGAUGUGAGCUUGUAGUUAUGCAAGCCUUUUGGCACUAUGCUGCUAUCUAUCCACAUAACUGUGAA